AUGGCAGACGAGGACAAUGUCGAUACGUAUGGUGUCAUCAAAGACGGCAUCAGAUAUCAGAUCAUGAAAGAGAAUAACAAACGUACAUCUUUCUCGUCAAAUAACCAGCAGAUUGUGUUCAGGGGCAGGCAAGUUCUUGAAGGCAUCGAGAAAAGUGAGAAGUUGAUGUCCUCUGACUUCCGCCGGCAACAAACAGCGUUGAUAGACAAGUUUGAGAAGCUGCAGAAGAAAAGGGAAACAUUGGGGAUCUUGCAACCAUCUUGGAGUCUGACAGAACGACGCCACAGUGAGCCGAUUGUCCGCGAUGUGCAAAUACAUUCGCCAUUACUACAUCGUUUCCCGCAAACACAACACGGUCUUAAAACUCACGUGAACAUGCAGCAACAGAAUCCAAUAAAUCCUAGAAUCAGUGUGGCCAGACGGCAGUCGGAGGAAACUCGGAAAGAAAUAUUAGCAACCUCCUUGCCCAGGUUAGAAGCCAUUAUGGCUAGCAGCCGUCGGAGAGCAACCAUUGCUGGUAAUGCCUCGCUCUCCGAUUACUUUCCGUCAUCUCAGGAGCUGAACAAAUUGUCGCGUCUUUAUAAACAAACCUCCCGUGUUGAUGAAGAAAGUGAUUAA